CUCCCGCUCUUGGGCAAAUUCCUAACUAUAUAGGUAAAGAGACACCAGAUGAGUAUAUACAGAAAAUUACAAAUAUUUUUGAAUCUGCUGGAGCUGUAAUCACGGUUGCCAAUAAUGCUAAUGCAAACACUUUUGUUGAUGUUCAGAAAUGUGAUAUCUUAAAAUCUAAAAUGGGAGAUAAAUUUUCUCCACUUCGACACAAAUAUCGAGAAGUAAUGGCUGGAAAUGCAGAAUUAGCUUUACAGUCACUGAUACAAGAAAGGUUUAACCCAACAGAUUCUCCUGAU